GAUUGCCAUACACACCUUGCUUUUCACCGGUGAACAAGGAAAUCAUCUCUGCCUCACAUCACAUAGCAGGCUACCUGGGCUGGGUUAAAAGGAGAUGUGCCUGGGAAAGAAAAAUAUAUAUUUUUAAAAUGCAAGAAAGAAUAUCCACUUGGCUUAUCAAGGUUGCCUUUAUGUUAUUUGUCACAUACAUUACAUCCGUGUCAAGUGAUGCCACUACUCCCUCAACACCCACUUCAAGUGAUGGCACCACUGCCUCAACUACAUCAAUUGUCACUCCAAGUGAUACUACAUCAGCAGUCACAUCAAGUGAUGCCAUCACUCCCUCACCUACACCAACACCCUCUUCAAGUGAUUCCACCACUCCCUCAACAGUCACUUCAAGUGAUGCCACCACAACCUCAACUAUAUCAACAGUCACUUCAAGUGAUUCCACCACUACUUCAACUACACCAACACCCACUUCAAGUGAUGCCACCACUCCCUCAACAACAUCAACAGUCACUACAAGUGAUGCCAUUAUUCCCUUAACUACAUCGAUAGUCACUUCUAGUUAUGCCACCACUCCCUCAACUACAACAACACCCACUUCAAGUGAUUCCACCACUCCCUCAACUAUAUUAACAGUCACUUCAAGUGAUGCCACCACCACCACGACCUCAACUAUAUCAAUAGUCACUUCAAGUGAUGCCACCAUUCCCUCAAUGACAUCAACAGUCACUACAAGUGAUAGCAUCAUUCCCUUAACUACAUCAACAGUCACUUCAAGUGAUGCCACCACUCCCUCAACUGCAUCAACAGUCACUUCAAGUGAUUCCACCACCACCUCAACUGUAUUAAUAGUCACUUCAAGUGAUGCCACCAUUCCCUCAAUGACAUCAACAGUCACUACAAGUGAUAGCAUCAUUCCCUUAACUCCCUCAACAGUCACCUCAAGUGAUGCCACCACCACCUCAACUAUAUCAAUAGUCACUUCAAGUGACGCCACCAAUCCCUCAACUACAUCAACAGUCACUUCUAGUUAUGCCACCACUCCCUCAACUAUAACACCCACCUCAAGUGAUGCCACCACCACCUCAACUAUAUCAACAGUCACUUCUAGUUAUGCCACCACUCCCUCAACUAUAUCUAUAGUCACUUCAAGUGAUGCCACCACUCCCUCAACUACGUCUACAGUCACUUCAAGUGAUGCCACCACUCCCUCAACUACAUCAACAGUCACUUCUAUUGAUGCCACCAAUCCCUCAACUACAUCAACAGUCACUUCUAGUUAUGCCACCACUCCAUCAACUAUAUCAAUAGUCACUACAAGUGAUGCCACCACUCCCUCAGCUACAUCAACAGUCACUACAAGGGAUGCCAUCAUUCCCUUAACUACAUCAACAGUCACUUCUAGUUAUGCCACCACUCCCUCAGCUACACCAACACCCACUUCAAGUGAUGUCACCACUCCCUCAGCUACAUCAACAGUAAUUUCAAGUGAUGUCAACCCUCCCAAAAUUCCCUCAACAGUCAGUUCAAGUUAUUCGACCACUCCCUCAACAGUCAGUUCAAGUGAUGCCACCACUCUCUCAAAUACAUCAACAGUAAUUUCAAGUGAUAUUACAUCAACAUUCAUUACAAGUAAUGCCACAACCCCCUCAACUACAUCAACACCCACCUCAAAUGAUGCCAUCACUCCAUCAACAGUCACUCAAAGUAAUGUCAUCACUCAUUCAACUACAUUGACAGUUACUUCAAGUGAUACCACCACUACUACAUUGACUUCAAGUAAUAUUACAUUAACACCCAAUUCAAAUGAAGAUACCACUCCCUCAACUUCAUCAACAUCCACUUCAAGUGAUGCCACCACUCCUUCAACUACAUCUACAGUCACUUCAAGUGAUACCACCACUCCCUCAACUACAUCAACAUCCACUUCAAGUGAUGCCACCACUACUUCAACUACGUCUACAGUCACUUCAAGUGAUGCCACCACUCCCUCAACUACAUCUACAGUCACUUCAAGUGAUACCACCACUCCCUCAACUACAUCAACAUCCACUUCAAGUGAUGCCACCACUACUUCAACUACGUCUACAGUCACUUCAAGUGAUGCCACCACUCCCUCAACUACAUCUACAGUCAAUUCAAGUGAUGCCACCACUCCCUCAACUAUGUCUACAUCCACUUCAAGUGAUGCCACCACUCCCUCAACUACAUCAACAUCCACUUCAAGUGAUACCACCACUCCCUCAACUACAUCCACUUCAAGUGAUGCCACCACUCCCUCAACUACAUCAACAGUGACUUCAAGUUAUGCCACCACUCCCUCAAAUACAUCAACAGUGACUUCAAGUGAUGCCACCACUCCCUCAACACCCAGUUCAAGUAAUGGCAGCUCUCACUCAACUACAUCAACAGUCAAUUCAAGUGAUGCCACCACUCCCUCAGCUACAUCAACAGUCACUUCAAGUGAUGCCAUCACUGCCUCAACUACAUCAACAGUCAAUUCAAGUGAUGCCACCACUCCCUCAGCUACAUCAACAGUCACUACAAGGGAUGCCAUCAUUCCCUUAAAUACAUCAACAGUCACUUCUAGUGAUGCCACCACUCCCUCAGCUACAUCAACAGUAAUUUCAAGUGAUGUCAACCCUCCCAAAAUUCACUCAACAGUCAGUUCAAGUGAUGCCAUCACUCCAUCAACAUCAACUACAUCAACACCCACCUCAAAUGAUGCCAUCACUCCAUCAACAGUCACUCAAAGUAAUGUCAUCACUCAUUCAACUACAUUGACAGUUACUUCAAGUGAUACCACCACUACUACAUUGACUUCAAGUAAUAUUACAUUAACACCCAAUUCAAAUGAAUACACCACUCCCUCAACUACAUCAACAUCCACUUCAAGUGAUGCCACCACUCCUUCAACUACAUCUACAGUCACUUCAAGUGAUGCCACCACUCCCUCAGCUACAUCAACAGUCACUACAAGGGAUGCCAUCAUUCCCUUAAAUACAUCAACAGUCACUUCUAGUGAUGCCACCACUCCCUCAGCUACAUCAACAGUAAUUUCAAGUGAUGUCAACCCUCCCAAAAUUCCCUCAACAGUCAGUUCAAGUGAUGCCACCACUCUCUCAAAUACAUCAAUAGUAAUUUCAAGUGAUAUUACAUCAACAUUCAUUACAAGUAAUGCCACAACCCCCUCAACUACAUCAACACCCACCUCAAAUGAUGCCAUCACUCCAUCAACAGUCACUCAAAGUAAUGUCAUCACUCAUUCAACUACAUUGACAGUUACUUCAAGUGAUACCACCACUACUACAUUGACUUCAAGUAAUAUUACAUUAACACCCAAUUCAAAUGAAUACACCACUCCCUCAACUACAUCAACAUCCACUUCAAGUGAUGCCACCACUCCUUCAACUACAUCUACAGUCACUUCAAGUGAUGCCACCACUCCCUCAACUACAUCAACAUCCACUUCAAGUGAUGCCACCACUCCCUCAACUACAUCCACAGUCACUUCAAGUGAUGCCACCACUCCCUCAACUACAUCCACAGUCACUUCAAGUGAUGCCACCACUCCCUCAACUACAUCCACAGUCACUUCAAGUGAUGCCACCACUCCCUCAACUACAUCCACAGUCACUUCAAGUGAUGCCACCACUCCCUCAACUACAUCCACAGUCACUUCAAGUGAUGCCACCACUCCCUCAACUACAUCCACAGUCACUUCAAGUGAUGCCACAACUCCCACUGCUACAUCGACAGUCACAAGUGAUGUCACUACUCUAAGACCAAUAAUGCCAUCAACAAGUGGUACUACUACAGUAAUAACAAGAGCCUCAACAUUUGUAGCAGUAUCCACUCCCUCAACUCCCUCACAGGGACUAACUUUCAGAGACACUACUUUGGUGACAACAUUCAAAACCACUGUUGCAGAAUGCGUGUCAGAAACUCUGGUGAAUGUCAUCAGGCUGGAGAAAAUCACCAGUAAGUUAAUCAGUGUGAGUUGGACAGGUAUUAACCUGGACCAGCACAUACAGUACAAAGUGAAGCUGGAGUCUGGUUCCAACUCAAGCCAGAGUGAGACCUCAGCCACCAAAGCUGUUUUCUCAGACCUUACUCCUGGAACCAUGUACACUCUGAUUAUUGACUACUUAUCCUGCAGUAUCAAGAAAUACAUUUCAGCAAACAUAAUCACUGCUGGAAAGGUCUAUGAAUCUUUCACUCGAAUUCCAGGCAGAGAUUUUGUGUCUGAUUAUACAAAUCAAUCCAGCAAACUUUACAAAGACUUUGUAACAAAUUUCACCAUGCAGGUUGAAAACAAUCUCCCGAAGGAAUACCGGGACCUUAUCAGGGAUAAAGAAAUGGUGAUUGUUGUGACUGGUGUUCGCAGAGGAAGUGUGAUCGUUGACUUUGAUCUGGUCACUGCUCUGGAGGUCAACCUGUCAACCUCUGACGUGCAGAACAGCGUCAUCAAUGCGCUGAAAUCAUCUGCACUCGGAGUGGAUCUGAAUAUCACCUCUGUAAAAGAGGCAGAUAUCUGUCAAAGAGGCAGUUACACAUGCUCAAAAAAUGCCAGCUGUGUCAGAGAGGGACCUUCACAUACAUGUGAAUGCAAGGCAAAAUUCUAUGACAAAAAUCCAACCGUACCGGGUACUGACUGCAAGAGAAAUAUCACUCCAGGUGCAGAUCCAUGCAAAGGAGUUUCCCAGAUAUCAACGGCCCCGGGAGAAGGCUGGAAAGUGGCGACCAUAGUCCUGGGAGUUCUGCUGGGCUUGAUUUUGUUAGUCGGGGUUGUCGUUCUGGUCAGCACCGCAGUGAGGAAAGCAACUGGCAAGCUGACCUCAUACAACCUGCAGCACACAGAGCACAACAGACAGGUGGUGUCCAAUGACUAUUUACAAGGAUGUUAUUCUUACCAGAUCAAAAAUAUCAAGAUAUUGAAUAUUAAUAACAUUUGAAUUAUAUAUUUUGAUAGACAAAAGUAUCAGCUAUCACACCAUGUAAAGGAACAACGUCCUAAUUCUUUAAUUGUUUUAUAAAAUGCUACUGGAUUGAUGUCAACUCCGUCAGACAAAUAUUUAUUAUCCAACAAGUGUUAAAUAAAGGCCUUGAUUGUUUAAUUCGAACAUUAGAUUAUUCAAAUAUGAUAUGAUAAUGCUCCAAGGCUAAUUUCGUUAGCAUUUUGACAUGUUUUUCUAGAUUCAGAACAUAAAACAACAUUUGGAAAGCAAACAAUAACCCUUAGGUCUAACACAGCAAAUAAGUCAGUAGUUUAAGCAUAUGUUGCAACAAUGUUAAAAUAUUUUUUGCUGAAUAUUGACAAAAAGAUCGAUAUUAAGAGGGUUAGCCAUCAGUGAGUUGACAAGCCAUUGACGAGGCUGACAACAAAUACUCAAAACAGUUUCUAAAAAUAAAGUUUAAUACAAACACUGGUAAAAAUAUAACCAUUACUAUCAGAUCUUUCAGCACUCUGACGGAGUUGACUUUAGACAAAAAUCUGACGGAGUUGAUGUUUUACGGAGUUGACAAAAAUAAAAUAUUUCUUCUUCAAUCAAGUAAUAUGCUAAGUUAAUCCUCAGUUUCUUUAUGACUCUAAAACCUAAUCAUAUAAUGUCCUAUCUUAAUCUAUUCGGCAGAUGGAGUUGACAGUUUAUGAUUGUGACAAUGGUGAUUUUAAUAUUGUUCGUUUAAAUCUAUCAAAAGGAGAGAACUUUACAGACCGUGAGUUGUCUUGUUGCACUACAGGUAAUGAGGACAUGAAGAAGGUGUCCUGAUGGUGAAGCUGUCCCUGCUCAUUCAUGAUUAAUUUAGGGUUUUAGACAAAUCUGCCAAUGCUGACCAAAUCUCCUAGUUUUGAGAGAAAUAUUCUUUAAAGUCAGAGAGGGCUAUUGGAAGAAACUACAUACAAUAUUUUUUCAGUUAGUAUUCAUUAUUGCUUGUUUUUAAAAAUGUUAAACACUUUUUUGGAGAGUUUGAAAUUGGGAUCCUUUGUAAGGGCAUGUCACAUUCUGACCUUAGUUUAUUUUUAUGUCUUUGUGUUAGGUUGGUCAGGGUGUGAGUUGGGGUGGGUAGUCUAUGUUCUUUUUUCUAUGUUAUAUUUCUAUGUCUUGGCCUGGUAUGGUUCUCAAUCAAGGACAGGUGUCUAUCGUUGUCUCUGAUUGAGAACUAUCCUUAGGUACCCUUUUCCCCCACCUGUUGUGUGGGAAGUUAACUUUGUCUUUGUUCAGGGCACAUAGCCCAAAGCUUCACGGUUUGGUUUUUGUUUUGUCGGUGUCAUUUUUGAAUAAAGAGAAAAUGUACGCUUA